CGGAGCUGCCAUGUCCGUAGAAGAGCUGGUGAAGAAGAGCAGUGAAGCCAAGAAACAUUCGUACUCACCCUACAGCAAGUUCCGGGUUGGCGCGGCGGUAAUGACCACAGAAGGCAAAAUAUUCACAGGCUGUAAUGUGGAGAACGCCUCUUAUGGUCUGUCGAUCUGUGCUGAAAGGACGGCCAUAGUGAAGGCCGUGUCUGAAGGUUGUAAAGAAAUAAAAGCCAUCGCAGUCGCCACAGAUAUGGACGAUUACGUCACACCCUGUGGAGCUUGUAGACAAUUUUUACUAGAGUUCGGCGAUGACUACGACGUGUACUUGACCAAACCGGAUAUGACGUAUGUGAAGACGUCACCCAAAGAGCUGCUGCCCCUCGGGUUCUCUCCCCGCACCUUGGCUGAAUACAACCGGUCCAGGAAAUCCUAACCGGGCGGGGAAACUCUUAACCGGCAUUGAUACGUGACUAAAUACAAACCAUUUGGAAGAUCUGAUGUGUAACUCGUGUGAAUGUGUUGCCUGCCCGUGUUUGGACUAGUGUGUAAUGUGCUCAGGGUCUGGUGUUUCGUGUGUCUUUAUACUUUAUGAUAGGUUCUACAACUGAUUCAAUCUGUGAAAGCAAGAGUUUUGUCCCUUACAUUUACAAUUGUUCGCCCACUAUUUUUGCUACAAUUAUGAGAUAUUAAAAAUGUGCAACUUGU